AUCACGGCUUCGAGCCGCACACAAAACUAACAUUAGAGCGGUCUGAUUACUUGAGGUUUUGGAGAACAACAUGCCAGCUGAGAAAAUCACACAUAGUGGAGGUAGCCGCAAAGGAAACGAACAUAACGUUCGAGCAAGCAUGGAACAGACAAAUACAAUUGCAGAUGACAACAACAGUACCACUAUGAUCCCCCAUACAAAUACAGAUUCUAAUCCAGGGAACUCUGUUGUUGACCAAGAUAACAAGACAGAAUGUAUAUAUUGCUCCGAGAAUACAGAGUGUGAGUCAGGUCAACGAUCUUGUCAGCAUUGGACUCAAGUGCGCUCAUUUAAUAAUAGACAAGCACAAAAGAAAAAACUCAGAGGACUUCAGAAUGGUCACCCUGAACCUUCUCGUUAUAGCAGUAGUCGAAAUACUAAAGAAAGCAUGAAUAUGCAACGUCAUAUUGCUAAUAGUAAUUCAACUGACGGACUUAGUAUGCGCGAUGCAGCUGAAUCCAAUCCACCCAAUACAACUUCACGCUUCAAAUGUGAUCGACCUUUGCCUUCAAAUAAUAAUAGGAAUAUGUCACAGUCUAAUACGGAAACAACAAAGUCUGUGGCUUCAAAUUCAUCCUCUCCAGCUCCUUCCGUUUCUUCAGACCUUCCAAAUGGACAUGAAUAUGGUGAUAAUAGAACAUUCCCGAGAUAUGCACAUAAGUCAUCACGUUCAUUUCGAUCUGUUAAUCAAAGUGUAGACGCAGAAGACAUAAACACUCCACGCUCAAAUAAUUCUCCUGUCACUACUGGUGGUGGUGGUGGUGGUGCCAACAUGAGGAAUCGACCUAACAUGAAUCGAUCUAGUGUAAAUAUGCCACCUCAGUCUGGGCCAGCCACCAAUGCUCAUCAAAAUGGUCCAUGUGAUCAAUGGCGACGUCCUAGUAAUAAUGGGAGUUGGAGAAGAUCACAUCAUACUCUUCCUUUUGCACCUCGCAAUUCUAACCAGUUUCAUCGUUACAAUGGACCUGGAAAUCAUCCUGUUCGACCACAUCAGAACAAUUUCUCACGGAAUCGUAUUUCUGGUCCUGGAAUGGGAGACUCGCCCCCCACGCAAACAGCAGGCGAUUCUCCAAAUCAUGCUUCCAACGAGUCGAACCCACCACCACCACCACCUGAUAAUAAGAAACAAGAAAAUGUAAAGAAACCACAAACAUCUUGGGCUGCAGCAGUCGCUGUAGGAGUCCAAUCUGAAGAAAAAUUAGGCACGCCUGGAGAUAAUUCACGAAUCCAACUGGUUAACUUCCUUCUAGACCAAUGGCGAUGUUUUGACCGGAAAUCAUCCUAAUUAACAUCCAUCCAAUCCCACCGCUACCACCACAUCCACCAUCCCCCCACCACAACUUUUUUUAAAGUAUGAAUUUUUUUGUACUAACUAUUAAAUAUCCUCCUCUGAUAUUGUUCUGUGUUGAGAGAGAGAUGGGAUGUUUACCUAUGUGUGUAUGUUUGUGUCUAUAAGUUAAAUAAAAAAAAUAGAUCGCAUGAAUUUUGUAUAACUGUCAUAGAUUUAAAGUUUAUGUAAAAAACCCCUUUCAUAUAUAUACAUACAUAUAUAGAUUUGUUUUCAAAAACUCUUUUCGUAUAAUGAUACAUUUCUCCCCCCUUUUUUUCUUUCUUUCUUUCCUUUCUGUCUUGAUCUCUUUUCGCGCGAUUAAUUUGACUGACUAAAAUGAAAAAUUUAUAUUUAAACAAAAAUAACUUCUACAAAAGGAUCCAGUCUUCGGGUAACAUUCCUUAUAUAAUAAUACUCUAUCACUUACUAUUCACUAUCACUGUUAUUCUUCUUCUUAUUAUUAUUAUUACUAUUACUAUUAUUCACUCCCAUAAAAGCCCAUUGUAUAACAAACAGUACAGACGCGUGCGAAUACGGCUAGUAUUGUUUCUCCAGUAAAUUAACUUUUUAAAAAAUGCAGGUCUCUUCUUCUUAUUCUCCUUCUUUCUCUUCCCCAUUCACUUUUUCUUAUGAUCCUGAGGUAAAAAUAAGACACCUUUUUCUCAAUAUUAUAUAUAUAUAUAUAUACACGUAUAUUUUGGCUUUGUAUUUUGAACUGCAUGGUUGAACAUGUUAUACAUAUAAUCGCUUUUAUUACCAUUAUUAUUAUUAUUAUUACUCAUCCCAGAAUAUGACUCUAUUGUGUUUAUCUUCUUUUUUUAAAAAAUUUUCUGUUCUUUGUGAGAAAACACAAUUAAUCGAAAUUCUCUCUCCCUGUCUCUCUUUCUCUGCUUAUAUAUACAUAUAUGUUUGUGUAUUCAAGAGGGGGAGAGAGGUAUUCAACAGCUAAUCUCUUCUGAAAUUUGUUUAUUUUAAAUUAAUUGGAUUUUUUACAUCACAUAGUUCAUAGAGGUCUACACUAACACUACGCAUAAACAAACACAUCCACUUGUACUGCUAAAACCCUUUGAGAAAGUGAGUUUUAACAUGUUAUGUAACAGAGGAAAAGUGAAAGAGAGAAAGAAAGAAGGGGUAAGGAGGGGUGGACGCAUUACAUUACAUUUACAUACAUAUACAUAUGCAUCUUCUCCUUAGCAAUCUUUUGCUUUCUUAUUUUUUAUGCUGUUUUGUGGUUACAUAAAAAGUUGGUAAAAUGCCUAUUAUUAUUAUUAUCAUUAUCGUUAUAUUAUUAUUAAGAUACUUCUUUGGUACCAUUACUACUACCACUAUUACUACUCAUGUCUUACCUUUUGUUCUCUAAAGGUAUACUUUUAUUCGACAUACCUUUUGUUGGUUUUUUUCCUGUCCUCUUUCUUUUGUCCUGUCUCUCUCUCUCUCUCUCGCCGUCUUGCUCUCCCUUUGCGAACAGAUGUGUUUUUCUUUUUCUUCUUUUUUUUGUGGAAAAUUCAGAUAUUUGGAUAACUGUCUUUGUUUUUCCUCUUUUUUUCUCGCUGAUUUAUUCCACGGCUUUCAUGUGAUGCAUUCGAAGUACUCGAAAGGGAAAAAGAGAGAUACAGUGAGCAGUAGUCACGUC